ACGACAUCCAAGAGAUUUGAAUAUUAGGGACUUUGCGAAAAGACUCUGGAUGUGGGUCAAACAGGGUUCUGGGCUAAUGAGAUCGCUAGAAUUUGACUCUGGAUGCGAAAUCGCAAAGUCUCUAUUCUGAUUCUCACCUUCGUGCCUUUCCCGUGUUCUCUACUUUAGCUGCGGGCCUAUAUGUUCCUUUUUGUUUUUUGUUUUUUCUGUCCUAGAUUUUGCUUGAGAUUCCCCCCGCGAGACAUCGUUCCUGGCCGUGCUUGGACUAAAAUUUGUUUGGGUGAUACCGGUGCAUAAUUCGAGUAUCGUACUGCUGACUGUUGCAACGUUUCCCUACGCGAGAACGGGCGAUGACAAGCACGUCAAUACUCCCUUCGGUGGACCUAUCGAAAGCUGGGGCAGCAGAGAAUCCUGCCCAAAACACUCCUUCGCCCUCUCCUAUAGCGCCUACUAGCUAUGCGGUCUGUGAAAAUGGGAGGGCAGCUUCUUCCACUGGGGGGGAUGGACCUAAUGGUAUGCUGCACUAACUAACGCACUAACAAACAUUAGGGGUUCUUUCUCCUUUUCUAAACUUUCUAUUGCGAGACACUGACGACGGUCGGUUUUCAACUGUCUCUAGAACUUUCAACAAGCUGCUUCCUACCUCCAAGGCUCUCGAAGCCUUCCACGGUCCCUACGCCUACCGCAGAUCCCGAGAAGCUCCAAUCGCUGAAGAUCAAGAAUAAGGGAAUGGGCUUGGAUAACACACCCGCAUUUGACCCAUUGACGAUGCAGAUACUCCGUCGCACUGGAACGGAAAACACCCUUCGGCAAAGGUUGCGUAAAGAUAGCUACGAUGAUUCCGUGGCCCGGAAUCCAGGCGAGAGUGUAGAUGGGACCGGGGAAAGUGACCCUCUAGAUGCGACAGUAGCGAGGAAUACGGAUGCACAGCCUCAGGGUAGAGAAAAGAAGUCCGUAUUCCCCUUGGCCCCUCCUCCGGAAUCUGAGGCACACCCAAGGCUGACACCACGUAGGAAAGGCGUUUCUUUUCUCAGCCGCAUAAUGGGAGGGAAGAAAAAGGGUGGUGAUAUGUCCAACGAUGGAGAUACGUUUGAGGGAGACAUACGGACCGAAGGAAUGGAUGCUCACGUCUUUUCCCAGCCAAUUGGGUAUAUACCUCAGUUCCCUGCACCACCAAAGUAUAUCAGGGUAGGGGGUUCAUGUGCUCUUGCGGAUAGUCCUAAGGUGCUGGGGCUAACAGACCACCUGCAGGUCCGUUCGCAUAAUAAGCCGAAGCGUGAUUUCGACCAAACAUUUUUGGCGCAGGAGCUGUACCGGAAGCCGGUCUACGAGGAGAAUGGGAAGUCGGCAUCCGGUGCCGUGGCCAACCAUUCGGCGUUGUCACUGGCACUUCCGAAACAUAAGACUGGGGCUAUAUGGGCUAUGAAGUUUAGUAAGGAUGGUCGAUAUCUUGCCGCAGGGGGGCAGGAUAGAAUAGUACGGGUUUGGCAAGUAAUUAGUACCAAGAAAGAGAGAGAAGCCCAUGAGAAGGAGGAAGAUGCGGCCGGGGCUGGGUCUGGAGGGAUAUACUCUGAUGGUGGAGGGGUACGGUUGAACGCCCCUGUUUUUCUAUCUGAACCAAUUCAUGAGUACGCUGGGCAUACCGCAGAUGUCUUGGACCUGAGCUGGAGCAAAGUAGGUGGUUCGAAGGGAAGACAAUUGGUCCAUCAAGCGCCUGCUAACGGCGGGUAGAAUAACUUUCUUUUGUCGUCAUCUAUGGACAAGACAGUCAGACUUUGGCACGUGUCCAGGAAAGAGUGCCUCUGUACCUUUCAACACAGCGACUUUGUUACAGCUAUCGUGUUUCAUCCUAGGGAUGAUCGCUUCUUUCUGGCUGGUUCAUUGGAUUCCAAAUUGAGAUUAUGGAGUAUACCUGACAAGAGCGUUGCUUUCCGGAACGAGCUCCCCGAUUUGAUAACAGCCGUGGCCUUCACUCCCGAUGGACGAAUGGCCAUCGCGGGUUGUUUGAGUGGAUUAUGUCUGUUCUACGAGACUGAGGGACUAAGAUAUAAUACCCAGGCUCAUGUGAGAUCUUCUCACGGCAGGAAUGCGAAAGGGAGCAAGAUUACUGGAAUUGAGACGAUUACAUUUCCGCCUGAUGACCCGAACGGAGAAGUGAAAAUUUUGAUUACAAGUAACGAUUCACGGGUGCGACUGUACAAUGCUAGAGACAAGAGCCUCGAGCUAAAGUUUAAGGGCUAUGAGAAUACAUGCAGUCAAAUUCACGCUACCUUUAGUGAUGACGCUAAAUAUGUCAUUAGUGGAAGUGAGGAUAGACGAGUUUACAUUUGGAACGUCGGAUUGGGGGAGACUGAAAAGAAGGACAAGAGGCCAGUCGAGUACUUUGAGGGUAGGGCGUUCAUCCAUUCCGAUAUCUUAGGACAACUGUUAAACAUCAUGCAGCCCAUCCCGCAAUUGUGACCGUCGGAGUAAUGGCUCCUGCAAAAACGAGACAAUUGCUGGGGAGCUCGGGAGAUCCGCUUUACGAUCUGUGCAACCCACCGCCAGUUACCCUUGUCAGCAGAUCUGAUUCGGUUUCCUCGAGGAAAGAAGCCGAAACACCGGCCGGGGGAAAGCGCUCGGAGAACGAUCACGCAACUUUGCACAUGCCGAAAGUCCCUGAGGAAUCGCCCGCCUACAUGGCGAGAUCAGCACACUUGGAUGGGAAUAUAAUUGUAACCGCAGAUUAUACCGGCCGCAUCAAAGUUUUUCGACAGGAUUGUGCUCAUGUGAAACGCAAGAAUGAGUCUUGGGAAACAUCAUCGACCUUUUCAAGGAAGAUUGGAAGUGGCGUAUUUGGGGGGAGACGGAGAAACUCCUUGUCACAUGGCUCUGAUAGAAUCCUUUCAUGGAGACAGAGUAUAGCAUCCAGUGGGAGCUUGGAUGACUCUAUUGGGGGAGUGAGAUUUGGUGAUAGCAGCUCGAGUAGAAACCGGAGCAUCUCUCCCCGAAAGUCAAUGGGCACCCUAUCAGUUGGUUCGAACGGGACCACGGACCGGUUCGCACAGUCAGGCAGCGUACGUUCAAGAGCCUCAAUUGCAGAUGGUGCCAUACAUCAAGGAAACUCGGAAGGUGGUGCGGCCAACAUGAGGAGCCCCUGGAAGUCUGCUCCUAGGGGAGGGGAACAGCCGGGCGGCAGCGCUACCAUGCAAGUGACUGGCAAUGAUCUUAUGGCUCGGGAAGCCAGCACAAACCUAGCGUACUACAAUCCCAAACAUAUGCCCAGCUCAGGUGCCGGUGCCUCCGCCAUAGCGGCGACGGCAGGAUUGGGACUGGUAUCUAGGAUGGUGACGGGUUCUGACGACAGUGCGGAUGAGGUUUUUAGCAGUGACGGGGAAGGGGACGAAAGUGAGAGCGAGACAGUUAGGUGUAAAAGGUUUGUCUGGUCCGCCCAUUUUGGAAUCUGCCCAGCAUCCGCGUCUCCGCCAGUAUUUUGGCUCUUUUUUUCCCCCUCCACCCCUGCCGGGAUUUUUUUGGUGGACCGCAACGAUUGUUGACUGAUCCGCGGGUUCUGCAGGUGUGGAGGGACAUCGUUCAAGGCUAAACAAUCAAGAAAGGGGGAGCAUAAACUCCUUUGCGUAAAGUGAGUACUCCACCAUAUAAUCCACGAUAGUUCCUUCCCUUUUCCCCCGUAUUAAUCUUGGCUACAAUUCGAGUUUUGAUGCUCCGAUUAUUUCGAUCGCUCUAACACCACACAUUAAAUUGCGGCUAACCGAGUGGAACAAUCAAUAGGUGCCACUCUGUACUCGAGUACUCUAAACCCAUGCAAUAGGGCUGUUCUGCUCCUCUACUCGUAACUGCUUUUUUCCUGUUCGUAUAUUGUUUUUGAUUCGACAGUGAUUUAUUUGUCACCGACCUGCAUCGACUGCUGUUGCUUUUUCUUUUUCUACCAAAAAUUCUUCUUCCGCUUGCAAACUCUCCUCCCUGCUUUUGCCGCUCCAUCCAUUCAUCCGGGAGACUGAUGUUUUACUUUUUUAUUCUUAUUUUUUUUUUCUUUUCACGUUUCACUUUCCUGCUUGCCAAAAAAAAGCAAAGGAAACAAAAUGGUUUGCCAUUGUGGCCUUUUUCUUGCUCUCUUGCGUUCUUGCUUUCCCCUCUAUCCACAGCACCUUUUUACUUCUCACCAUACUUCAGGCGUUGCACGGACUACAAUGAUACCAACAGGAACGUCUUAUCCUCUACCUCUUGCAUCCUCCUCCUCCUUCAUGCCCAUUAUAUUACACGGUAUAUCUUCCCUUCCUUCCUUAAAUAGAAUAAUAGCAUAUAUACAGAUACAGGCGCCCGAUAGAUAGUUAACAGUUAAUUUACGGGUAUCCCGGACUAAUCGCAUCUAGGUGAUCUCUUACCAGUACCGCAACUGGACAGGUAUCUGGGAUGUUAGCUAUUACUAUCCUCUCUGGAGAUAUCGCUGAAUGAAAUGGAUGGCUGCCCGAGUAUUUGUUAAACUUACAAAAGGCUGCACAAGCACCACUACACCGGUUAUUAUCAUUUGCAUUUAUAUUAUCAAAAUCUUGCACCUGUCAAGUGUUAGUCUUUCUUC